AUGGCCAUCAUUCUCGCAUUAUCAUUAUUUCUCUGCCUGUUCUCAACUGUCAAUGCAAGGUCCCUAGCCCAGCCUGCAGUCCAGCAUUUAUCGUCAAGAGCAGAAUACCAAGGCGGCUGGCCUCUCGCUCUGAUCGGGACAGCAUCGCCCUCAUGUCCCGCUUCCGCCUCCGAAUCAUGCUCUUCCACAGCACAAAACCCAGCAUGUUGCCCAUCCGGUCAGACAUGUACUUGGAGUGGUUCAGUAUACGCAAGUUACUGCUGCCCAACAAGCGCCGAUUGUCAGACCGCUGUCCUCAACUUCCCUCGUUGCUCAAACAGCAUAUGGACAAUGUUCAUCCAAUACCCAUCAGGAUUCUUCUGCUGCGAGCCGGGCAUGCUCGGCGUAAAUCCUUCAAGUGGGAAGAGUGGCGGGUUAUGCGAGCCAGCAGAUCAACACGUCCCCGCUUCCCUGCUGGCAACAGUCAUGGCCCAAGUUGGGACUCUAACGCCAUUACCAACACCGACAACAGGCGGAAAUCGAACUGCGACAGCGACAGGAGGAGGUGGAAGCGGCGCAACUCAGACGAAUCCGAGUCUUGCUCCGACGAGCACCGGCAGUGGCAGUGGCACGAGUCAUAGUCUGGGUUCAUUCAGCAAUUGGAGCUUGGGUAUCAAGGUUGGGAUUGGAGCCGCGAUAGUUGUAGCAAUUCUGCUGCUUGCUAUGGUGGGUUGUCGGAUCAGGAGGCGGCGUCGGGAGGUGCGGUAUGCUUCGCCGUUGCUGCCUGGGGAGCGUAACGAGAUGGGAGUCUUGAUGUACAAUGAAUCGGGAUUACCACCUGCGUAUGAGCCAUACAGAAGGCGGGAUGGAAAUGCGAAUAAUGUUACGGUUAAUGUGGUGCAUGGAGAUUAUAGCUGA